UUGCCACGCAGACGACGACAUCGCCGGGGAGGGCAAAGCCGCGAAAACCGCCACUCGCCGGCGUUGUCGAGGGGCUUCUCCGAUCAAGCUAGCUCGGUCGACGGUCUGGUCGCUCGCCGCGACGGGACGGCGCAUGAUAGUAGCUACUACGGUCGGGCGGUGGCGAUGAGGUCCUCCAGCGACUGUAAGGUUGUGGCGGCGGCGGCGAGGAAGAAGGAGAAGGAGGCGGCGGCGUGGCCGUGGUCGCUGUGGGGGUUUCUCCUGGUGGGCUGCUUCGGCGGGAAGGGGAAGAAGAAGAGCGGGGGGAAGAAGGUGCGGCCGCGCGGCGGGGGCGGCGGAGGGGGCGGCCCGCUCCGGCGGCUGUCGUUCACGGACCUGUCCGGCGCGGCGGACCAGGACCUGUCGGUGUCGCUGGUGGGGUCCAACCUGCACGUCUUCACCGUCGCCGAGCUCCGCGAAGCCACCCGCGGGUUCGUCUCCGGCAACUUCCUCGGCGAGGGCGGGUUCGGCCCCGUCUACAAGGGCCUCGUCGGCGACGGCGUCAAGCCGGGGCUCAAGGCGCAGGCCAUCGCCGUCAAGCUCUGGGACCCCGAGGGAGCCCAGGGCCACAAGGAAUGGCUGGCAGAGGUGAUCUUCCUCGGCCAGCUCCGGCAUCCCAACCUGGUGAAGCUGGUCGGCUACUGCUGCGAGGACGAGAACCGCCUCCUCGUCUACGAGUACAUGGAGCACGGCAGCCUCGAGAACCACCUGUUCAAACAGAUUCCUGCCGUGCUGCCGUGGUCGACCCGAUUAAACAUCGCGGUUGGCGCCGCGAAGGGGUUGGCGUUCCUCCACGACGCAGAGAAGCCGGUCAUCUACCGUGACUUCAAGGCCUCCAACAUCCUGCUCGAUUCGGAUUACAAGGCGAAGCUGUCGGACUUCGGGCUGGCGAAGGAUGGGCCGGAGGGGGACGACACCCACGUGUCCACCCGCGUGAUGGGCACCCAUGGCUACGCCGCGCCGGAGUACAUCAUGACCGGCCACCUGACGGCGAAGAGCGACGUGUACAGCUUCGGGGUGGUGCUGCUCGAGAUCAUGACGGGGCGGCGCGCCGUCGACAAGACGCGGCCGAACAGGGAGCAGAGCCUCGUGGAGUACGCGCGGCCGUGCCUGCGCGACCCGCUCCGGCUGGCCCGCAUCAUGGACCCGGCGCUGGAGGGGCGGUACUCGCCGGCGGCGGCGCGGGAGGCCGCCGCGGUGGCGUACCGCUGCCUCAGCGGCAGCCCCAAGAACCGGCCCGACAUGUCCGCCGUCGUGGACGCGCUCGAGCCGCUGCUCGCCGCCACCGACGACGUGCCCGUCGGCCCCGUGGUGCUCUUCGUCGCGCCGGAGGCCGAGGACGACGGCGGCGAGAAGGCUCAGCAGCAGCGGCGGGCGCGGAAGGACGAGCAGCAUCAGCAUCAUCACCACCACCACCACCACCACCACCACCGCCGCCGCAGCCGCCUCCGGACGUCGCCGAAGGGCAGCCCGAGGAAGCCCGCCGCCGCCGCCGUCGCUUGCCGGAACGAGGAGUUCUGGGUGUGGCACCUCCCCGCCGACCACAAGGCGUGACUGACACGUGCGCAUGCCACGUCACCGGCGCUUGCUUUGCCUUUGCUCCACGUGUGCGUGCAGUGUGAUGAGGUGGUGAGAUGCCAUUGGUUUUUAGGAUUUGCAAAGCAUCCCUGUACUCUGUUUGUUUCAGCGAGAUGCAGAGUGUGUGACCAACCAGCAGCAGCAGCAGAGAGCAAUUAAAUUUCACAGCACAACAAAAAUCAUAUCAUAUCAGGUCUCGUCUUCUAUAA